AAUGUUCAGUCAUUUGUGUGGUAAAAACUCUCUCUUGAGUUCUAUACCCAAUUUCACCAAGCGAUUUAUAUGUAAAAGUCGACCAAUGGCCAAUAGUAGAUUUGAUUACGUUCGAAAUUUUGAGCAAAAUGAUUCGAUAUUGCCGAAUUGUUGGAUUGUGGUUCGCAUUGACGGUAAAGCAUUUCACAAGUUUACGCAAAAGCAUGAUUUUAACAAACCCAACGAUGACAACGGUUUGAAUUUAAUGAGUUAUGCUGCCGUUCAGGUUUUGAAGGAGUUCAAUGAGAUUGUGUUGGCAUUCGGUCAAAGUGACGAGUAUUCAUUCAUAUUUCAUAAAACCGCCGAUGUGUAUAGUCGAAGAGCGAGCAAAAUUGUGACGUGUGUCAAUAGUUUAUUCACAUCAUCUUAUGUAUUUCAUUGGGGGAAAUUCUUCGAAGAGAAACAAUUGCUGUAUCCGCCAAGUUUUGAUGCACGAAUCGUUCUCUAUCCAAGCGACGAGAAUUUACGUGAUUAUCUGAGUUGGCGACAAGCCGAUACACAUAUAAAUAAUCUUUAUAACACAGUUUUCUGGAAAUUGGUACUCGAAGGAGGUCGAACGAAUACGGAGGCUCAAAAGGAUCUUUCCGGCACGUAUUCAUCGGACAAGAAUGAAAUUCUUUUUUCACGCUUCGGCAUCAAUUACAAUAAUCUACCUCAGAUGUAUCGAAAGGGAACGAUUUUGCUGCGGAAAAAUGUUGAAGUUCCGAAAUUAAACGGGUAUCAAACUCAGUUAAUCGUUCCAUUCUUUACGGAUUUGAUACAAGACAAGUUUUGGAUCGAACAUCCGGAAAUACUGACUAAGGAUAAAUCACAAAAUUAUGAAUUAGACGAUGAACAAUUGAACCAUCCCAUUAUGCAAAAGCAAUUUGAUAUUGUACAUAAACGAAAAAAUAAUAACAAGUGACUGGAGGGUUGUUGGCAAUAAAACGCAUGCUGUUUUGUUAUGAAAGUUUUUAUUUUACA